GUGAUAACCUCAAUCACUACUAUCACAUUCUAAUACCUGUACAUUCAAUCUAUAAGUUAAGCGGUGUCUCUAUUGAACAAGUAGCUGAGUAUAUCCUAGUAGUUAAAAGUAUGUAAUUAUGCCUCCAGCCAGUACCACCACCGAAGCCGGUAAAACCGCGCCUACACUUACACAAUCUACAGAUAAUACUAAAGAGCCCGAACAAGCUAGCAGGAAGCGGAAAAGGGAUGAUGAUGGAGGACAGCCCGAGCAAUACAUCGCCUUUGUCGGUCAACUGCCUUACACAGUCGGGGCGGAUGAGAUUAGAGAUCACUUAACGCGUCUGGGCAAUAUAGGAGAUGAUAUAUUGGGUAUUCGCAUGCUGACAGAGAAAGGCACAAAUAAGUCGAGGGGCAUGGCAUUUGUGGACUUCAAGACCAACAAGGCAUUGACGGUGGCGUGCAAGCUGCACCACACUAAAAUGGAUGGUCGUAGAAUAAACAUAGAAAAGUCCGCGCAAGGCGGUGGCAAAGGACUCCGGCGAACAGUUGAGAACAGGACGACUAAAGAGGCGGCGUUAAAGAAGAAGAAGGAGAGCAUCCGCAAAAUGAUUGAUCGAUUGCUUGAAGAUAAUGACGGAAAGCUUUUCGCAGAAGAUGUUGAUGAUUCGCUAUUCGAUUUUAUGACUUGGGUGCCAAUUAGCGUGUCAGAGAAAGCACUGAAAGAAUUCAUCAAUCUUGACGAGCAGCAUUCGAUUGAGAAUCGGCAAGCCUACCUGCACGGCAUGGUUAAGAAACGGCACGCGGCAACCGACACCGUAAAGAUGCACGAAGAGAAUCAAAAGGAGAAGGCCAAGGCAAAGGCCGAGUAUAAACCGAACAGCAGUAGUUUAAGGGGGCGGGGUGGCAGUCGCGGUAGAGGUGGUGGUCGAGGCGGUGGUCGAGGCGGUGGUCGAGGCGGUGGAGAUGGUUAUGACCAUAAGAAGCAACGAAAAUCCUGGUGAACGAGCGUAUAAUAGGUGCUACCGCGGAUAAAAGUGUACUAUUUUAGACGA